AUGAGCUUGGCGGCGCCGAAGCAGGAGGCUUCGGGUCGGAUCUGUGCAAGUGUUGCUACUGCGGCAGUCCUAACAAGCUGCCGCCAGUGGUGCCCUAGCAAGGCUGUCGCAGAUUGUAUGCGGCAGUCGUCAAAUUCUGGAAUGUCCGUCUUGUCGUCUUCUGAUUCGCGUACGUCUUCGCUCAUCUCCCCGUCGCGUUGUCAGAUUUAUUGUUCAUUUGAUCGUGUGGCUACCACCGCCUUAACGGACGGAAGCGACAUCGUGCUGCGGAUGCUGAAAGAAUCCUAG